GCGGGUGCGCGGGAGCCUGCGCCGGGCGCUGGGGCAGGGGCGCGCCGGUGCGCGCGCAGGAGGGAAGCCCGCCGCCGCGGCCGUUGUCGGGUUCGACCGGAGCCGGUCACCUGCGAGCGGCUGCGCCCGCCGCGUCCGGGCCGCGCCGGCCUCGCGGGGCCCCCACGCACCCUGCGAGGCUGGAGCCGGGGGGAACGGGCCGAGUCCGCGCCCGGAGUCGGCGACGACGACGAGGAGGAGGAGGAGUCGCACCCUCGGCGCCGCCGCCCGCGCCCGGCCGGGUUAUUAGCAAAAGAUGGUGGAUCGCCUGGCAAACAGUGAAGCAAAUACUAGACGCAUAAGUAUCGUGGAGAACUGUUUUGGAGCAGCUGGUCAGCCCUUGACCAUCCCUGGACGGGUGCUUAUUGGAGAAGGAGUAUUGACUAAGCUGUGCAGAAAGAAGCCUAAAGCAAGGCAGUUUUUCCUUUUUAAUGAUAUUCUGGUAUAUGGCAAUAUUGUUAUCCAGAAGAAAAAAUAUAACAAACAGCAUAUUAUUCCUUUGGAAAAUGUCACCAUUGAUUCCAUCAAAGAUGAAGGGGAAUUACGGAAUGGAUGGCUUAUUAAGACACCGACUAAAUCAUUUGCAGUUUAUGCUGCCACUGCCACUGAGAAGUCAGAGUGGAUGAAUCACAUUAAUAAGUGUGUCACUGAUUUGCUCUCCAAAAGUGGGAAGACGCCUAGUAAUGAACACGCUGCUGUCUGGGUCCCUGACUCUGAGGCCACCGUGUGUAUGCGCUGUCAGAAGGCAAAGUUUACACCAGUUAAUCGGCGGCACCAUUGCCGCAAAUGUGGUUUUGUUGUUUGUGGUCCCUGCUCGGAAAAGAGGUUUCUGCUUCCCAGCCAGUCUUCUAAGCCUGUGCGCAUUUGUGACUUCUGCUAUGACCUGCUUUCCUCUGCAGACAUGGCUGCCUGCCAGCCAGCCAGAUCAGACUCUUACAGUCAGUCGUUGAAGUCUCCUUUAAAUGACGUGUCUGAUGAUGACGACGACGAUGAUAGCAGUGACUGAGGACGUGUGUUGAAAUAUUUAAUUGGGUGUGACUACCUGCGAAUCAGCUUUGGGUGAAGUGUAAAAUCAGGCUCUCAGUUUUGCUCUAGCCAUGACUGCCUGAAGAGAGUUCAACCUCUGUGCCUCUGUAUCCUGUAGAAUGUAGCCUCUCUGCUUUCUGCUCUCUGCUCUUUCAAAGGGACAAACUGUUGCAGGUAUACCGAUAGGGGCUUGGCUUUCUAUUCUCCUUAUUUCUAGAUUAUUUUCUUGUAAGUUGGAAAAGAUGUUUAUUUAACAAAUCUUUUACUACAUUUUUCCCCCGAUAUGGAAAGACUAAAAGCAUAGAAUGAUGGGAACAAGAGUAUAAAGUGAUUAAUAGUAUUAGUGGCUUUUCUCCAAGCAUUCUAUAUAAUGUUUAAGAGACCAGUGACAGCAUGGUUUGGAAAUUCUUUACUCCUCUCUUCUGAAUACCAAGUGGUGCCUUACUGUGGCAGCAUUGUCACGUGAAGUAAACAAACACAAGUCCUACCUUCUUACUUCCUUGAUUUAAAACACGCUGGUGCUCUUAUAGGUGGUAAUUGGGUAAUUGAUGGAUGUAGUUAAGAAUAUUUAUUUGACAGCUACAAGGAACUAAAUUUAGAGGUCUCUUCACUCUUAGAUGAAUACAUAUUUUUCAUAAAAUAGUUGUAAAUAUAUUUUUACAUCUUCUAGGCACCAAAUUAUAAUGGUCACAUGUAUGUUUAAAAUUAACCAGUUGCUACUCUUGGAAAUUUGAUUUGAAAGUCAUCACUAGUCUAGAAGUGGCAUAGUCCAUUAGCUUCUACUUUCCUAAGACAUUUUUUACAUAUAAAUGUUUUUGCUUUACAGUAUUUCUAGAAGGAAAAAUCUCUUGAAAUCCUUGUUUCUUGACAUGGGGUUUCUCUGUGUAACCUAUGCUGUCCUGGAACUUGCUCUGUAGACCAGGCUGGUCUUGAACUCACAGAAAUCCAUCUGCCUCUGUCUCCCCAGUGCCGGGAUUAAAGGCCUGUGCCACUACCACUCAGCAUAGUCGAACAUGGAGUCUUACAGAUCUGAAGAGAUCAAAGUUUGACUAGACUCCCUGUCUGCAAGCAUUGUGAGGUUUAUUGUGAAAUUAUCUUGAUUUCCAUGUGUGUUGUAUUUUCUGGAGUUUGUAAAGCUCCAAACAAUUUCUAUUUUUAUAAAAUUACUGUAUGUUUAGUCUGUCUCAGAAGUCAUUUUGCAACAUAUGGAAGAGUAGCAGUUGAUAUUUCUAAAUUGUGACCAUGAGCCAAAAUUGCUUUGAGAAGUGCUAGUUUUUCUUUGUGUUUGGAGGCAGCCGUUAUGUUGAAGGCCCAUUCACUGCAUAGCACUGGACGCGCUGUGCACAUUCUGGCCAUUGGUGUGCUGCACUAACCAGGUUUUCAGAUGUGGGGAACCAGCAGGCUAAAAGUCGUCAUUUAUUUUUUUUCAGAGCUCACUCCUCCUCCCCCUCUGUCUCUGUCUCUGUUUCUCUCCCCUCUGCCCCUCCCUCCCUCUCUCCUUCCCUUUUCAGAUUUUCUACAUAUGUCCUGGGGUUUGAUUCAGUAACUUGUAGAUGGAAGAUUCAUUGGUGUUUCACUAUGUGGUUACAGUACUAAUUUUUCUUUGCUGUUCAGUUUUGAAAGUACAUGAGCUAUAUAGGCCUCCCUAUAGGAAAUUGAAAGAAAAGCACAAUAGGACUAGGACUUGAGGGAUUUUUGUCCCUGUUUUUGUUUGUUUGUUUGUUUUGGUUGGUUUUACUGUUAGAUGGAUUUUUGUUUGUUUCAAAGCCACAUAUACAUGUAGUCAAGAGCAUGAAUGAAAAGGACCAUAAAAAUCAGAAGUGCUGAUGGAAGCCUGCUGUACACAGGAGUCUAGCAAAGUCAGGACCCGAGGGGAACUGUCCUGAGAACAUUUGCGUUGUCAACCUCUAUUGAUUGUUUUUACAAUAAACAUAUUUUUCAGCUUA